AAUCAUCUUUGGGCAGGGAAGGGAAACUCCACACACACACACACACAGCCCAGUAAACAGCAGCACACAACUGAAAGUACAACUCAGAGGAGAGCAUUGAGGAAGAAAACCGGCGAUGGACCUCAUCCCGGACUUUGCCAUGGAAACCUGGGUUCUCCUGGCUAUCAGCCUGGUGCUUCUGUAUCUAUAUGGGAUUCAUUCAUAUGGACUCUUUAAGAAGCUGGGGAUUCCUGGGCCCACACCUCUGCCUUUUGUGGGAAAUGUUUUGUCCUACCAGAAGGGUUUUUGGCAAUUUGACGAAGAAUGUUAUAAAAAGUACGGGAAAAUGUGGGGGUUGUAUGAUGGUAGAAAACCUGUUUUGGCCAUCACAGAUCCCGACAUAAUCAAAACGGUGCUGGUGAAAGAAUGUUAUUCUGUCUUCACCAACCGAAGGUCUUUUGGUCCAGUGGGAUUCAUGAAAAGCGCCAUCUCCAUAUCUGAGAAUGAAGAAUGGAAGAGAAUACGAUCGUUGCUGUCUCCAACCUUCACCAGUGGAAAACUGAAGGAGAUGUUCCCCAUCAUUGCCCAGUAUGGAGAUGUGUUGGUGAAAAAUAUGAAGCAGAACGCAGAGAAAGGCAAACCCAUCAACUUGAAAGACUUCUUUGGAGCCUACAGCAUGGAUGUGAUCACUGCCACAUCAUUUGGAGUGAACGUGGAUUCCCUCAACAACCCACAAGAUCCCUUUGUGGAACAAACCAAGAAGUUCUUAAAAUUUGAUUUCUUAGACCCAUUACUUUUCACAAUAACACUCUUUCCAUUCCUUACCCCAGUUUUUGAAGCACUAAAUAUCUCUGUGUUUCCAAAAGAAGCUAUAAAUUUUUUUAAAAAUUCUGUACACAAGAUGAAAGAAAGUCGCCUCAAAGAUAAACAAAAGCACCGAGUAGAUUUCCUUCAGCUGAUGAUUGACUCCCAGAAUUCCAAAGAAAUGGAGUCCCAUAAAGCUCUGACUGAUCUGGAGAUUGUGGCCCAAUCAAUUAUCUUCAUUUUUGCUGGCUAUGAGACCACAAGCAGUGUUCUAUCAUUUAUUAUGUAUGAACUGGCCACUCACCCAGAUGUCCAGCAGAAACUACAGGAAGAGAUUGACAGAACUUUUCCCAAUAAGGCACCCACCACCUAUGAUGCCCUGAUGCAGAUGGAGUAUCUUGACAUGGUGGUGAAUGAAACUCUCAGACUAUUCCCAAUUGCUAUCAGAAUCGAGAGGGUCUGUAAGAAAGACAUUGAAAUCAAUAGACUGUUCAUUCCCAAAGGAACAGUGGUGAUGAUACCAACCUAUGCUCUUCACCGAGACCCAAAGUACUGGACAGAGCCUGAGGAGUUCCGCCCUGAAAGGUUCAGUAAGAAGAACAAGGACAGCAUAGAUCCUUACAUAUACCUGCCCUUUGGAACUGGACCCCGGAACUGCAUUGGCAUGAGGUUUGCUCUCAUGAACAUGAAACUUGCCCUUGUCAGAGUACUGCAGAAUUUCUCCUUCAAACCCUGUAAAGAAACACAGAUCCCCAUGAAACUAGGCACCAAAGGGCUUCUUCAUCCUGAAAAACCCAUUGUUCUAAGGAUCGAGUCAAGAGAUGGGACCAUAAGUGGAGCCUGACUUUCCCUAAGAACUUCUUGUUCUUCAAGAAAGCUGUAUUCCAGAACACCAGGACUCAAUUUACUUCAUUCAUACAAUCCAUAAAUGAAGAUGUGCUUAUUCCAGUAUGCUGGAUAAAUAAUUUGGGAUUCUGUAUAUUCACUGAGCGCUCUCAGUGUUUGUGUGUUAUA